GCGUAUUGGAACUUCUCCCAUUCGGAUUACUGCACAUCACAGGGCGCAUAUCAACGUACACUAACCGUUGUUAGGUGUUCAGCUUUUCCUUCUCCCCGAUGCUUGGGUUGAGACAAAUAUACCAAAUCGCUGCCACUGUGAACAAUUGUCGUUUACCUCAAAGAAUCUUAACAGCGCGCUGUUCUUCCCAAACCCCUGCGGCUAAUGACCCCUUUCCUUUUCUCUCACGUGCGAUUGAGGCCAACGCUUACAGUUUGAUUACUUCCUUCAUCGAUGAACAGGAUCCAUACGAGGUGAAGCACGUUCCACUCCGGUUGGAUUCAUCUCAGCGUUUCCCAAACUUGGUUCCAUCAGAAUUCCCAAGUAGAAUGAUCGGAUGUGUCUGUGAAGCGGAAGCAGAUGCCAUCAAUUGGAUAGAGCUAACCAAGGGGCCUCCGACGAAGUGCUACUGUGGGCAUUGGUUCCAGUUGGUCAGUUAUGAGGAAUUCUUCCAACGAAAGAGCAGCUGAUCUUUCCUCUUUAUCAAUUGUACAUUCUCAUUCCGUAUUCUCAUCGCGCAUGCAUCUUCCUGAAGAUCUUAUGUGCAAUAUACACAGUCAUGUUUAUCAGAUACAAUACUUUUCCCAUCUUGUCUGUAACUUGUGCCAUAAAGUAGAAUAUGUAAGCUAAAUUUGUGAGGACAGAGCAGCACACUGUCACCACGUUGGUUAUGCUGUCCAUCAGACCACAAAGUACUUCAAUCGUUGUCCAAGUUCGAUCUAUGCAUUUCCGCAUUUUAAAUCUCCCUUUGUUCAACAUAGUCCUCUUUUGGUGAACAUCUACCUUGAUUCUCAGCACAUCUGCAGUGGUACACAUUAUUUGCACGUAUCUUACGGCCACCCACCACGUCAUUUGUGGGUACCGCCUCCAUUCUUUUUGAGUAUCCUUUUCAGAAUCCCCAAAAUCCCGUGUUCUGUUUCGACACAAUCUGAUCAGAAAAUCUAUAAGUAGAGUUAACAGUGGAAUGAAA